CAGCCAUAUUGGGCUGUGGGGAGCGAGCGGCUCUAAUGUUCUAUGUCACCUGCAAAUAACCCGGGCAGGGCUCGAAAAAGCACCUCCACCACCUCCACAAUCCACACCAACACCACGUCCUCUCCACACACAAAAGUCCGUCAAAAUGAGCCCGGAAGCCUGGCUCCCGCAGCCCACCUUGUUCCUCACUGGCCUCACCUUGCUGCUCUCGCUGGCGCCCCCGAGACUGGGCAUGGAGGUCAUGGCCCCUGCCAUCAUCAAUGCCCUGAAUGGCUCCUCUGUGAAGCUCUCCUGCACCUUCAACUCCUGCUACAAGGUGGAGAACAAGCAGUUUUCCCUCAACUGGACGUACCAGGAGUGCAGUAACUGCUCGGAGGAGCUGUUCCUGCAGUUCCGCACCAAGAUCAUGAACAAGCAGCUGGACCGCUUCGGGAACCGCGUGGAGUUCACCGGCAACCCCGCCAAGUACGACGUGUCCUUCACCCUCAAAAACGUGCAGCUGGAGGACGAGGGCACCUACAACUGCUACGUGCUGAACCCCCCGGACCGGCACCGGGGCCACGGCAAGAUCAGCCUGAAGGUGCUCACCAAAGAGCCCCCGAAGCACGACUCGACGGUCGCCGUGAUCGUGGGCGCCUCGGUGGGCGGCUUCCUGGCCGUGGUGAUCCUGGUGCUGAUGGUGGUGAAAUGCGUGCGCCGGAAAAAGCAGCAGAGGCUCAACACGGACGACCAGAAGACAGAGGAGGAAGGGAAGACGGACGGCGAAGGCAACCCGGAUGAGGGCACCAAGUAAAGGCCCCCUGCCCGCCCCUCCCUCCUGUCCCCUGUACAGUGUGCCCCUCUUGAUGUGCUUCCCAGAGCAAGGAUUUCUGUCUCCCCAGAGCAUCCCUCCUUCCAUGCAAACACCCAACCCAGCCUGGAGCAGGGCGCAGAGAGAAGGUCCCUGGAGCCUGGCUGUGCUGGGCAGGGCUGGGGAGGGGGGCUGAAGCCCCUGAGGCUGAGCUGGGACCAGCCUGUCCCCUGCUCUGAGUGCCAGCGUUGUGAGGAGGUGCUGGGGACGGGCUGGGGGUGGGUGAGGGGGGGCCCUGUGCAGCCCCCACACAUGGAGGGCCUGGAGCAGGGGGUGCCAGGAGGGACAGAGGGGUCUGGCCAGCCCCGUGCCCCAUUGUCUGCUCUCUGUCCCAGUGGAAAAUGUGAGCAGGGGCCAGCAGUCUGCCCUUGGGGUCAGGACUUAUCCCCAGGUGCUCCUGCUGUGCCUGAGCCACUGGCACUGGUGUUCCCAUCAUGUUCCCAUCCCGAGGGAUCCUGAGAGCUGCCAGUCUCCUCCUUGCAAGCUCGUGCUCCUCAGGGACUGUCCCGGGCUGCUCAGGAGUCAAGGCCAUGAGCCCACCCAGUGUCUUGGAGCUUUGCAGUGUUUUGGAACCAUUAACAGCCCUUGGUGUGUGAGGGACUGACCCUUCUGCCUCUCGGGCUGGUUUGGGGUCUGAGCAUCUCAGCCCAAGAUGCUGGGCUGACCUUUUUGUGCUCAUUUCCUUCUUGGGAAGGGUGAUUGUGGUGGAAAAUGUCCUGCUGAUGUCAAACUGGGGUGGUGGGGAGUGCUGGGGUGAGGCUGCUCGGGACAAGGAGCUGUUGAAAGGGAGAGGAGCUUUUGGGCACUUGCUGGGAAGGACUGGGCACAAGAGCAGGCCCAGAGUUAGGACAGCUCUGUCACCCUGGAGCGAUGCUGAGACUGCCUCCUGCAGCCUCCCUGCAGAGCACUGCACACUGUAACUGCCAUGGCAAUGCACUGCCAGCGUGCCCAGCCCCCUGUGCCACCUGCCUCACCUGGCAGGUGAGCUGUGCUGGCUGCAGCACCGGGGCUUCAAGCAGGGAAUGACCCAGGGCAGUGUCCCCUGUGGCACCAGGCCUGAACUUUUCUCUUCCCGUGGCUGCCAGGAGGGGGACAGUGCCCGGAGCCACAGGGGACACUGCCCAGGGACAGGUGAUGGAGGUCCUGUCACCCACGAGCAGCACUGCCAGGGGAGAAGGGACACCUUUGCCACGUCCCUGUGUAGGUGCCACCGUGGCACUGCCAUCAGGCCCCAGGGAUGGCGGGACAGCUGUGCCCUCCCCGCUCUGCCCCAUCGCUUUCCACCCCGGCCCCACGUGCCCCGUCCAUCCCACUCGACCCCGCUGGGCUCCACGCUGCUCCCCUCCCAUCCGCAGCAGGAAUGUGCCGUGUCCCACGCCUGCCUCCCUUCCCUGGGCCCCGCUGCCCCGGGAGGGCCGGGCUGUCCCCACCCCGCACAGUGCCAGCGGUGCCGCAGGGCUCCGCGCCACUUUCCGCCAGCACCGGGCUGUCCCCGGCUCCUGGUGGGCUGAGCCAGCACCUCGGGGGCACGGAGGCCUCCGAGUGUUGCACACCACCAGUCUUGCAUCUGCCUUUCAUUUCUUCUCGUGCACUAUCCUUGGAUUGCAACUUGCCAAUGCAUCUGUCUGUACGUGGCUGUGCCCAGCAGAGCUGACAAAUCCAGAUCUGUUCACACGGGAGGGGCUGCUCUGCCUCUGCGCCUUCCCCGGGCUUCUCUGGCCGAGCACCCUGCCGAGCGUGGGAUGUUUUUAUUGCUCUUUGUACAGUCAAACAAACAAAAGAACAACAAAACA